AGCAAACUCACAUGUUCAUCAAGGUAUUAGUCUUCACCUAACGUUAGUAUAAAACUGGGUUAAACCAAAACCCCAUAUCAAGUUUCAUAAUGUUGACAAAACAUUCUAGAUAUCAAGUCUCCAAAACCAAAUCUUUGUACCAAUUACAAAGUUUUUGUAACUUCCUUGUUCACGUGGGUCUCUAAUCACCAUGAGGUGUGUUGUUUGAGAGUCUCCUUUAUCUUUUACUUAUAUAAUCCUAACGACGAAACAUGAGUCUUCUCAUAUCCAUUAUAAGUGGUUUCAAAACAAGAAUGGAGCGUAAGAUCACGGUGACUUCUCAGGAACUCGUCAAGCCCUCAUCUCUAAACCUUAAUCAUCUUCCUUGCCAUCAUCUUUCUUUCCUUGAUCAACUUGCUCCUCCCAUUUUCAUGCCUUUCCUUUUCUUUUACCACAACAAGACCAAUCUCUCAACCAAUGAACGAAGUGAUCAGAUCAAGAGUUCCUUGUCAGAAAUAUUGAAUCUCUUCUACCCCUUGGCAGGGCGCAUUAGAAAUUCCGGAGAUGUUGUUUUGUGCAACGAUAUGGGUGUGUCUUUCGUCGAAGCCAAAGCCGAUUUCAACAUGUCACAGAUUUUAGAAAACCCUAAUUCCAAUGAACUUAACAAGCUUCAUCCAUUCGAAUUCCAUGAAGUGAGUGACGUGCUUCUCACGGUACAGCUCACUUUUUUUCAAUGCGGCGGCUUAGCACUCGGUAUAGGCCUUUCCCAUAAACUCUGCGAUGCCUUGUCUGGUCUCAUCUUCAUCAAAAGCUGGGCAGAUUUGGCUCGUGGAGACACUGGAAUCGUUACUCCUUCUUUCGAUCUGGCCAAGAUGUUUCCUCCGUGUGACAUAGAAAAUUUAAACAUGGCUACAGGUAUCACAAAGGAAAACAUAGUAACCAAACGCUUCGUGUUCUUGAAAUCCUCUGUUGAGUCUUUAAGAGAAAGAUUCAGUGGAAACAAGGAGAUUCAGGCGACACGUGUUGAGGCCUUAUCGGUAUUCAUAUGGAGCCGUUUCAUGGCAUCAACAAACCAAGAUGACAAAACCGGAAAGAUCUAUACAAUGAUUCAUCCGGUGAACUUGCGUAGACAAGCAGAUCCAGUUAUACCAGACAACAUGUUUGGAAACAUCAUGAGAUUCUCAGUUACUAUCCCUAAGAUGACAAUCAAUGAAGAUGAUGAAGCA